GGCCGCGUAGCGCAGUCGCAGCGCGCGCGCCUCUUGCUGUCACAGUUUGUUUCAAUAUUCGCGCACGGAUCCGUGUUUUCAUGUGUGUCGUGCUCUCGGAAGUACCUUCGCCGUGAAGCGUCUCUCCCGGGCCAGUUGGAAAUAGUUCCGGGACAGGAUCAUAUCUGCGCCCGUUUGAGCCUGUUGUCUGAUGUACUGUUGCAAUUGCACUGGAAAUUCCGGCCUUUGACGGCCGCCUGGAAAUGUAUCUGUUCCAAAGCAGCUGACUGCUUCAACUUGACCUAAAUACUAGGUCUUUUUAUCACCCAACGUUCUAAUGUGUUUAGGACGCAGCGGCGGCGCGUGGUGCGCGGGCCUGCUGCUGCUCGCCGUGGCGCGCCCGCCGCCUGCGCGCGCGCAGCCCGCCGCCGUUACAGUUAGUACCGAUAAUGAAGUGGGAUGGCGGGUGACGGUGAGCGCGGUGUCGCCCGACGGGAGCGUAGCGGGCGGCGCGGCGCUGGCGCGGCUCGCGGCGGCGGCGCUGGCGGCGCGCGGCGUGCCGGCGCAGGCGAGCGCGCCGCCGGCCGCCUGCGCCGCGCCCGACGCGCCCGCCUGCCUGGACGCGAUGCUGCGCGCGCUGGCGGACGGCGAGCUGGACGCGGCGCUCGUGCCCGCGCCCGCGACCGCCGCGCCCUCCAGCCCGCUCCUGCGCGACGCCGGGCUGGAACACUUGGGCGUCGCCGCGCCGCCGGUGCGUCGGGCCUGUCUCACCACGCGGGGUGUGCUGCGCUCUAUUCUCGACCUUGUUGACGUCGAUCUAGCCCGCCUCUAUAAGUUGUCUGCUGAUGACCUCGAGCUCAUUUCUAGGUUUCCCUGCCAAAACAGCGAUUGUGAAAGUGAAACUUACGUUCCCGAACAAUGUCACGAUGACAAUAUACCUUGUGCUACUGUGUUGACUGGAGAUAAAAUCGAGUUAGAUGUGAUGUCACGUGUUGUGCACGAACAUGGACUAUACGCGCGAGUGAUAUCCCUGGGUAUGAAUCUUCCUGUAAUAGCUGCAACAAUAAAAGACCGGAAUUUAGUAGUAUGUGACCGCGCACCCGAAUUCACCCAGCUGGCAAACCUGACCGCGCGCACACUCGGCCCUCCGCCAUGCCAAGACCAUUGCCCCGCAGGUCGCUGUCGCGCGCACUCCAACUCAUGCCCGUUCGAACCGCGACAACUCCUCAAAUUUGCUAAUGCUCGAUCAUUGACACGGUCCGCAACGGCGCUUCGAGUUCUCACACGGCUGUGGUUUGACAUUAAUGAAUUUCGCGAUCUCAUCGUGCAAGCUCAUCUUAAUGGUCCAGCUGCAGCGGCAGACGCUUACCUCGAUGCUCAUCCGCAAGCCGCCCCUCUCGGAGAGGUACGCACGGCCGUCUUGAUUCCUGUAAACACGUCACGAGAGGCGUUUAACGCUCGGGCCUUGGUCGCAGCUGCCGCUCUGGCCGAAGAGGAUCUUAUGGAGGCCGGGAUCCCUAGCGCGGCACACUUUAAGGCUGAACUCAGCGACGAUGGAUGUGCGGCUCCACAUGCAUACAAAUAUCUUACAGACGCGCUGGGCACGGGCGAGUAUGGCGCGCUGUCGGCUGUGGCUGGUCCAGCUUGCGGCGCGGCGUGGGCAGACGCGUCUAGGCUCAGCCCAGCGCACGUGCUGCCGGUUCUAGCGUACACCCCGCAACCCGCCCCAGCGCCACCCGCAGCGUCGCUCGCGCUGUUGGCGGCGGGAGACUCGCGAGAUCUCUCUCUAGCGUGGGGAUCAGUGCUGAGACACUUUGGAUGGCGGCGAUUAGCGGUUUUAAGUGAACCAGCCACGCGAGCUUCAUUCGAUCAUUCCACCUUGCAAGUGGAUGUCGUUGUGCAUAUCGAGUUAUCCGAAAAUGCAGAUAACCACAGUGACUUGAUCAAUCGGUGGAUAGAUCGCGUAAAAGCUGUAAACGCGCGUAUUUUAUACGUGAACCUAGAAGACGUUCGUGGCGUGCGCGCGGCGCUGUGUGCGGGCCGGGCGGCCGGGCUGACGGGGCCGGGCGGCGCGGUGUGGCUGCUUCCGGGCGCCCCGCCGCCGCACUGGCUGCGGCCCACAAUAAACGACAUGCCUGCUUGCGCAGUGGACCAGCUCGCUGAAGCCGCGGAGGGACACUUGAGCUUCGCACCAGAAUGGUUGGUGGCUUGGCGUGAUGGAGAACAUGAGCAGGCGGUAAUGAUAUCGGAUGACGAGAGCGCGAGGCGGUCGCGGUGGCGGCGCCGCUGGCGCGCGCGGUGCGAGGCGCGCGGCGGGCGCGGCGCGGGCGGCGCGUGCGUCGCGGCGGACGCGCACGCGGCGCUGCUGUACGACGUGCUGCGGCUGUGGGCGGCGGCGCUGGACGCGCUGCUGGCGCGACUCCCCGCCGCGCUCGACGACCUGCAUCAGCCGGAGCUUGUACGUUCGCUGAUUGAAAAUGCAACUACAAGCGAUUACGUUGGCCUCACUGGUCGCUUCGAGUGGAGUAGCGAGACCGGCGCACACGCGCGCGUGUCGCCGCUGGUGCUGCAGCAGUGGAACAACGGCACGCGGCGGCGAGUAGCUCGCUGGACGCGCGCCGGGCUGGCCGUGGAGGGCGCCGUCCGCUGGCGCAGCAAGGACGGCGGCGCCCCCGACGACGGCGCCGAGCGCUGCACGCUGCAGCCGCUGGCCGACCUCCUGCACGCGGACUGCAGGACGGCGCUCGUGGCGCUCGCCGCGCUGCUGCUGGCGGCGGCCGUGGGCGCGCUGGCCGGGCUGGCCGUGCACUGCCGGCGCCGCGCCGAGCAGGAGUACCGGGCGCGCCUCGCCGCCCUCGACAUGCGCACCAUCUCUCUCAAGCCCGGCGGCCUCGACCGCUGGGAGGUGCCUCGCGAGAGGGUCGUCAUAAACCGCAAACUCGGCACCGGCGCGUUCGGCACGGUGUAUGGCGGCCACGCGCUCCUAUCCGAGGAGCGGGGCUGGACGGCCGUCGCUGUCAAAACUCUAAAGGCGGGCGCCACCACCGAAGAAAAACUAGACUUUCUUUCCGAGGCGGAAGCCAUGAAACGCUUCGACCAUAAAAACAUAGUACGUUUACUAGGAGUUGUAACGAAGACUGAACCAGUGUGCACUGUGAUGGAAUUCAUGUUAUAUGGUGACUUAAAAAACUAUCUGCUGGCUCGCCGCCACCUGGCGGGCGUGGACUGUGGGGAAGGUGCAGAAGAGGUUUCAGCGCGACGUUUGACUGCGAUGGCGCUGGACGCGGCCCGCGCAUUGUCCUACCUCGCUCAGCUGCGAUACGUCCACCGCGACGUGGCUGCGCGGAACUGCCUGGUCAGCGCGCACCGCCAAGUGAAGCUGGCCGACUUCGGCAUGACGCGGCUUGUGUUUGAAAAUGACUACUACCGCUUCAGCCGCAAGGGCAUGCUGCCGGUGCGCUGGAUGGCGCCCGAGAGUCUGACGCUCGGCGUGUUCUCUCCCGCGUCUGACGUGUGGUCGUUCGGCGUACUGCUGUACGAGAUCGUCACCUUCGGCUCGUUGCCGUUCCAGGGCUUGAGCAAUAGUGAGGUUCUGGCUCGCGUCAAAGCUGGUCAUACUCUCGAGUUACCACCCGGACUCAAACCACAAUUGGAGGGGCUGAUCAAGUCGUGCUGGCAGCAGGAGCACAAGGCGCGGCCGAGCGCGGCGGAGGUGGCGGCGUUCUUGGCGGACUGGCCGCGGCUGCUGGCGCCGUGCCUGGCGCUGCCGCUGGACGCGCUGCCGCUCGACGCCGACGCCGACGCCGCGCCGCCCUGGCGGCUGCGGGCCGACAUCAUGGAGUCGCGCUGGGUGUCGUGGGCGGCGCCGCCGUCGGCCGGCACCGACACCACGUACCUGAGCUCGGACGACGCGCCGCCGCGGGACUGCGAUGCUUUCCUGCCCACGCCCUGACUUCCAAAAUACAAUCUAAUUCUUCCGAAAUACUAUCAAGAGUUUCGUUUUCCGUUUCGAUGGAACCACUCUUAAUGAACAUUCCGUAUUCUAGUCAUAAUUUUUAAAAUGAAAUCCAUAAUAAAUAGGUACCUAACAAAUUUAUGCUUUAGACGACGGAUUUAUCUGAAAAACCAACCAAUUGACGUAGAUAGGUAAUGCGAGACGUUAAGACAAAAAAUUCUGGCUAAAUAUCUUCUUAUUCGUCAAACCAUGUGCAAUGUGAACCUUCACACUCACAUGGACGAAAUUAAAUAUAUUUGUCUGGGCUUACAAACUUAGAAUUAUUUUUAUAGGCGGUGGGCCAGCAAGUUAUCACUGUCUGAAUCUUAAUUCCAUUAUAAGGUAAUUCAUUAAAACGUGGCUUUUAUUUAUUUUCCAGACUGUUGGCUCUGUCUACCCUAUAAAAGAUAAAGACAUGAUGUAAUAUUUCAACAUGCAAAGUUAAAGUCCCUAAGUGCUAUAACGAAACUCUCAUUAAGAUUUGCCAUUUUUUAAACUGUUCCAAUCUCAUAUGAUAACAACUUAGGUGCUUAGAGGUGCUAAGACAUGCCAAUAAUACCUCAUGAUGCCAGAAGUCUGAAACCUACAUAAUAUGUAAUUGCUAGGUUUAUGUUAUAUAGGUACGUCAUAAUUGACGGCAUUAGUGCUGGGAAAGCUUUGAAUAAUUAACUAAGACUUCAGUUUUGAAAACCUGUUAGGUUAUUCUCAUCUGUGGGAAACUGGAAACAACCGAUUGGCUUAGUACUGUCACUAGGUACACAACUGGGUACUAACUGUAACUAAACCUAGUUACGGCCAGUCCCAACCAGGGCACUAUUAUAAAUUAAUUUGAAAUUUUAAUUGUGAGAAAAACAUGAUCCUUUCUUGAAGUGAUAGAUAUAGAUAUAGGUAGACAUAGUUAAUUAAACGAUUAAGUAGGAAAAUCAAAAAUAUAAAGAUGAAAGCAAAUUUUGCAAAAUAAAUAUAUUUUUACAAAAGUUUUA